CGCAACGCCUACAAGAGGCUGAAGCCGGGGAAUUACAUGCAGCUUGGAAACAAUCCCAUGCCAACCUACAGUUGCUUCUUGGACUCUCAUCAUAACACCAAUGCGAGUGUAUCACUGCUGAAAGAAAGGUAGACGAUCUUGUUCAGACUUGACAGAUCUCUAAGCCGGCUCGAUUGCUGUCAUCGGCUUGCCAUCAUUCCAAAGGAUCACAUUCAGGCUUGACUCCCUCCACUUCAUCUUUUUCCAACCAUGCCAUCAUCAAGAGUACCUCAAGUCUCACCAAUCUCAGGAAAGCCUGUAAAUUCGGAUUAUUUGCAUUCUUCCGAUGUUCAUUUCCGGGAUACAAAUGGAAGAGCAAUACUUUUACGUGGUGUAAAUUUGUCAGGGAAUAGUAAAGCACCUUUGAACGAACCAAGUUGGGAUGGCAAGCAAUUUUGGGAAAAAGCCGAAGCUGGUGGAGAUAGCUUUAUAGGAAGACCGUUACGACUGGAUGAUGGCUCUGCAGAUGUCCACUUGACGAGACUUAAGCUUAUGGGGUUCAAUGCGUUACGCUUCAUCUUCACAUGGGAAGCAAUCGAGCAUGCCGGACCGGGUAAAUAUGAUGAAGAAUAUUUGGAGUACAUGGUCGCAGUCUUGAGAAAGGUGAAAUCGUUUGGCUUCCGUGUUUGGAUGGAUCCUCAUCAGGAUUUGUUCUCACGAUUCACUGGAGGAUCUGGAGCACCUUUUUGGACUUUAGUGGCUUGUGGAAUGAACCCUCGUAAUUUAACCGUUACACGGUCAGCAUUCAUUCAUUGCGAAUAUCCAGAUCCAACUGAACCAGAUCCUGAAGCAUUCCCGCCAAUGAUUUGGACAACAAAUUAUUCCCGUUUAGCAGUCGCAACGAUCAAUGUGUUCUUCUUUGCCGGAAAGACAUACGCACCACAAUGUAUGAUCGAUGGAGUGAACAUCCAAGAUUGGCUUCAAAAUCAUUAUCUGGCCGCCUGUCGCAAAUUAGCCAUUAAAUUGAAAGAAGCAGGCGAUCUCUUUGAUUCAUGUAUUAUUGGCUGGGACAGCAUCAAUGAACCGAACCCUGGUUUUAUUGGAUGGCCAGAUUUGGACAAAUUGCCAGAAAAGCUCAAAAUGCGAAGAGGACCGAUGCCGACUCCAAUCCAAAGCUUCAGAUUUGGUGACGGACAAGGUCAGCGUGUGGAAAAGUAUGAUUUUGGAUCGCUAGGGCCUAAGAAGGUCGGCACAGAAGACAUAGAUCCGCUAGGCAAACGACUAUGGCUAUCGCCCGAAGAAGAUGCAGAACAAGGCGGGAAACGAUGGGGAUGGAAAAGAGGAAAAGAAUGGCCCAUCGGAAGAUGUGUAUGGGCCACACAUGGAGUAUGGAACGAAGAGAGUGGAGAGUUGUUACAGCCAGCCUACUUUACCUCAUUCGAAGGGAAGCCGGUAGACUUUGUUAGGGACUUUUGGCUACCACACUGGAGGGCUUAUAAGGCAACAAUCAGGGCCGUGCAUCCUGAAGCAAUCAUGUUCAUUCAAACGCCCGUCUUUGAGCCCCCACCAAGUGAGAUGAACGAGACAGAUCUAGAGGGAAGAUGUUGUAAUUCCGCUCACUUUUAUGAUGGCUUGACCCUGAUCACCAAACAUUGGAAUUGGUUCAAUGCGGACGCCGUCGGACUUUUGCGGGGAAAGUACUCCUCUAUAGCCUUUGCGAUCAGAGUUGGAUUUCCUGCUAUUCGUAAAGCGAUUCAAGAUCAAAUCGGCUAUUUAAAGGGAGAUACGAUCGAUGUUCUCGGCAAGUACCCGACCGUGAUCGGAGAGCUCGGAGUGCCCUUUGACCUGGACCAUAAGAAGGCUUAUUUCGGGGAUAAGCAUGGAAAAGGUAAAGGGGACUAUCGUAAUCAGACAGCCGCACUUGAUGGCACUUUGAACGGAUGCGAUGGUGAGAACGUCGUCAAUUAUGGUUUAUGGAAUUAUUGUCCCGACAACAAUCAUAAAUGGGGUGAUGAUUGGAAUGGAGAAGAUUUGAGUGUUUGGAGUAGGGACGAUGUUGAAAUGCAUGGCGUUGAUCCACGAAAAGCAGCGCCUCUUUUGUCCACCAUUGCAACCCAGAAUACGGGCGUAGAUAGCGCUCGUAGCUCACGAAGUGCAUCUAUACUAAAUGGAGACGGAACUUCCAGUUCCAGCAAACCACAAACGCCAAUGAACUGGCUAGCAAUCUUGGCCGGAACAAGGGCAGCGCCUGCUGUUUGUAGACCUUUCCCAACAGCAACGGUAGGAUCUCCAGCCAAGAUUCAAUUUGACGUUGAGUCUUCCAAAUUUGUACUAGAAGUUCUUGUCACACCGCAAGAUGUUCAACAGGCAGCGGAAGAUGGCAUCGGAACCGAUAUCUUCUUGCCUCUAUUGCAUUAUGCUCCGGAACAUUUGGCAAUUCAUUCUGAGCAAUUGAGUAGCUUGGAUUUGAGGCAGAACUCUAUCAGCGCUUCAAAGCUUGAAUCAAGCAUGAAUGCAAGUACGCAAGCGCUUUUGUCUUCCUCUGCAGCAACGCUCACGGGAAGCGGAACGAUCAGCAAAGAUGAUAAUGCUGGACAAAUUGACGUUGAUGUCGAUGUAGAGGCUAGUGCGGGUCAGUGGAGCGUUCAUGGUCAAAUCUUAACAUGGACUUUGGGCGAAAGUGACGUCCAAAAGGUUUCAGCAACUGAGGAAUUCCGUCAUACCAUCACCAUCAAGCGAAGAAAAGGUCCUUUAAAAUUGCAACAACACCCAACGACAUUUGAGACUCUAUUUAAAGAUCUUAACGAGCUUAUUUCCGGUAAAUAACACAGUGAAAACAUUUUGUACAGUACACUACAUUACGA